AUGGCUCCCUUACUCAGACAAGAAGAUGGCUCCCUUACUCAGACAAGAAGAUGGCUCCCUUACUCAGACACGAAGAUGGCUCCCUUACUCAGACAAGAAGAUGGCUCCCUUACUCAGACAAGAAGAUGGCUCCCUUUCUCAGACAAGAAGAUGGCUCCCUUACUCAGACAAGAAGAUGGCUCCCUUUCUCAGACAAGAAGAUGGCUCCCUUACUCAGACAAGAAGAUGUCUCCCUUUCUCAGACAAGAAGAUGGCUCCCUUUCUCAGACAAGAAGAUGGCUCCCUUUCUCAGACAAGAAGAUGGCUCCCUUACUCAGACAAGAAGAUGGCUCCCUUACUCAGACAAGAAGAUGGCUCCCUUACUCAGACAAGAAGAUGGCUCCCUUCCUCAGACAAGAAGAUGGCUCCCUUUCUCAGACAAGAAGAUGGCUCCCUUACUCAGACAAGAAGAUGGCUCCCUUACUCAGACAAGAAGAUGGCUCCCUUACUCAGACAAGAAGAUGGCUCCCUUACUCAGACAAGAAGAUGGGAACAAAAUAA